GAACACAUCACAGCUCACAAGGCUGUUUCCAAGCCUUUAUAUGACAGUCCAGGUGGUGAGAAAAUCCACAAAGCAACAGAGUCACGGCAGGAUUCUGAGUAGCCUUAUCCUGUGUAAACCCAGACAGCUGUUGCCAGCUCCACAACAACCAUGGGCUCCUGAUCCCAAGGCCUUCAUUGUCCUGGGAUAAACUCAACUGACUCCAAGACAUCUUGUGAUGCUAUUCAAGGUGUCUGUGACAGGUGAUUUCUACCCAUCCGUGUCUGGGUUAACCAAUGCACAGGACAUAUUUUUUUCUGUUUCCCCAAUGAGAGACAAAAUUUGAAAUUCUGCUACAUUUGAUGAGAGAUUUUGAAGGCUUUCCGCAAGAAACUAAAUUACUCAGAGACCAUGCUGGUGGUGAUCAGGUGAAGGAGAAUCUGCUUCAGCUGAGGUGUCACUUCACAUGGGGACUGCUGAUUGAAGACGUUGACAUACCUGAUUUGGAAAUGAGAAUCCAGGAGGAGGUUCAGUUCCUAGACAUCAAGAACCCAGCAGGGAUGCACAACCUGCUGGCCUAUGUGAGGCACCUGAAAGGCCAGCAUGAGGAAGCCCUGGAGAGCGUGAAAGAAGCAGAAGCCCUGACCCAGAAGGAGAAGCUGGACAAGAGAAGCCUGGUGACCUGGGGCAACUGUGCCUGGGUGCAUUACAACAUGGACAGCUUGUCAGAAGCCCAGGCCUACCUGGACAAGGUGGAGAACACUUGCAAGGAAUUCGCAAGUCCCUUCCGCUAUAGGAUGGAGUGUGCUGAGAUAGACUGUGAGGAAGGCUGGGCCUUGCUGAAAUGUGGAGGACAGAAUUAUAGACGAGCCAUGGCCUGCUUUGUAAAGGCUCUGGAAAUGGAGCCUGAAAACCCUGAAUACAAUACUGGCUAUGCCGUUGCAGCCUAUCGUGAAGACUUUGAUGACCAUAAUUUUUCUCUAGAACCCCUCAGGAAGGCUGUCAGCUUAAAUCCAGAAGAUCCAUAUCUUAAAGUUUAUCUUGCCCUGAAGCUUCAGGAUGUGGGAGAAACACCUGAAGCAGAAACACACAUUGAAGAAGCCCUCAGCAGCACAUCCUGCCAAAAUUAUGUGUUUCGCUAUGCAGCCAAGUAUUACCGUAGGAAAGGCUGCAUAGACAAGGCUCUCCAUCUCCUACACAGGGCCUUACAGGCAUCACCUGACUCUGGCUACCUGCAUUACCAAAUAGGUCUCUGCUACAGUAAACAAAUGAUCCAACUGAAGACAUCCAGAAACCAGCAGCCCAGAAGCCAGGGCAAUUUGCAGGAAUUGGCAGAACAGGCCAUUUGUGAAUUUCAACAGACUUUGAAACUGAGGCCUACAGUUGAGAUGGCUUAUGUUUGCAUGGCUGAAGCACAGGCAGAACUUCACCAAUACGAAGAAGCAGAGGCAAACUUCCAGAAGGCACUGGACAUGAAGAGCGUUAAGUGUCACAUAGAGCAGGAUAUUCAUUUCCGCUAUGGCCGUUUCCAACAAUUUCAUCAGAAAUCAGAAGACAAGGCGAUCACCCACUACUUAAAAGGUCUAAAAAUAGAAGAAUCAUCCUUUGCCCGAAGGAAACUUCUCAAAGCAUUGGAGAAAGUGGUUGAAAGACGUGUUGACCACAAUAUUCGGCCUGUGGAGAGCAUGGGCCUCCUUGGGUUAGUCCACAAACUGAAAGGGAACAUGCAGGAGGCCCUGCUGUGCUAUGAGAGGGCUCUGAGGCUCACUGGGGAAAUGAACCCUGUGUUUUGAAUGCAGCUCAACUCUGUGAAGUUAAUGUAGGCAUCACUGAGGCUUCUGCUCUCCUCCCUGAUAGCUUUGUCCAGAACUACAUAGCUUGCUGAAAUGCCAAGUUCUAAAUGUGUUAGCUCCUGCCACCUCUUUCUUAUCCUCUCUGUCAUGUCUAGAAGCAACUUCUGUCCCCACUACUCCUGUUCACUUAAUGACCAGGACUGACUCCUGCUGUGAGCUAAAGGAGACAGAACACUUUUCCUUAUGUCUGAAUCUUGGGUAAGAAAGUCUUCCACCCUCUGCCUUCCAGUGUCAUGGACAAAGAAAUCUUCUCCAAAAGUUUUCUGUUUUAGGUUAUCAGAAACUCUUACUACAGUACAAUCUCAGAUUAGAACAAAUAGUAAAGGAGAGAGUUUGAAAGCAGGAGAUAUUUCACCUCACUGGUAAAUUAUUCACAGUAAUAAGAAUCUCAUGUGUGGGCAAGAAAAGCAAAGGAAACUUUCUGGCACCUUACAGAGUGAAGAAGAUAUAAGGAGCUUUUUUCAAUUUUUCUAUGUCACUGAUAAUGUGUUAUAUGUGAUGUUUUUUCCUCAACUAAAAUAAAUUCAAUAAAUUCUUGGGAAUCACAAA